AUGUCAGAAACGGCGAGAAACAACCCAACCCGAAAAGGGGAGGAGACCGUGAGCUAUGCCCUGUACUUGCACCGCCAGGAACUGGGGCGCCCCAAGCGGCGUCUGAUGCGCAUUGCCGGCACCAAGCUGCAACUGACAAACGAGCUCAUCCUCCUGCAGCAGCGGCGUCAGUGGGCGGCCGAUAGUCCCGCGGAGCUCGUCUACCAGCAGAGGAGUGCCCUCAAUCGGGAGAGCAUGUACCGCGACCGGCUCUGGCGCAACAUGCAGCGGCAGCUCGAGAAGCAGCACCACCGCCAGCGGCUGAAUCUCCAGCAAAUGGGAAAGCUAUAG